AUGAAACAAGUUCAGAAGUGUAUCACUGCGCGGACAGAAAAGAUUCUCUAUGAAGAGCUAUUCUAUGACAGAUUCCAAGAUGCACAAGCGUGUUGGCUGGCCCCGACCGAUGGCAAGGUCUUUUUCAAACCCUUUGAUGAUCAGCGACGCGUGGACCAAUACGUGUCCGCUAACGCGACAAAUGCGCUCAUAGCCUCAUUGAUGGGGGGUCACUACGACAUCGCCAAAACACUACUACGGACUGGUUUCGACAGCCCAAAUGGCAGAGAGCUCUUGAUUUCCUCUAUCACCGAAGCCUGUCUGCUGGACCGUCGGCUUCACAAGCCAUCCGACGUGGAUCCUCAUCUGGAGCUGAUCAAAACCAUGAUUGAAAUUUGCGCUGGAGUCGCGGGAUUGAAAGUUCAUCUGGGUGAAGCGCUCGUGCUCCGCGCAGGUCUCUCCUGGGGUGCUGUGGACCAGGUCGUGCGCCAACUCUGCGACUGUGGCGUUGACCCAAACGCUUUGCCUGACUUCGCUGAAACAACUUCGGAAUUCGGUUCUGCUUUAAUUGCAGCCUCGCAGGGCCACAGUGUCAAAGUUGUCGACACUCUCCUCAAAGCCAACGCAGAUCCGAAUCAAGAGGCCACUUUUGGCCGACUGCGAACGCCACUGAUUGCAGCAGUCACGAAGUACGCUAGGCAUGGGGCAGAUGCUCAACUGGAGAUAUUCAAACUACUGUUGAACCAUGGCGCAUCACCGAGGAAAAUUGUGAGCAGCGCCCUCCAAAGCCAGACAUCCUCACCUCCGCAAUCUAGAGUGGCCAGCGGGAGCGCGUUGAUAGCCGCCGCUUCUGCCAAGUGCUACCCCCAGCCGCCAUAUGCUGCAAAGAUCUUUGAGAUCCUAGAGACAUACCGCGUGCUGGAAGAUGUGAAUUUGUGCAUACCAAGCGAUCAUUUCGGAACCCCCUUGAUUGCUGCGGCGGCCAGCGGUAACGCAUGGACCGUGGACUUCCUGGUGCAGCACGGGGCCGACCCUCACCUUCAAGGUCGGGCAGAUGUGGAUUGGUGUUUGCCUGCACUAGCUGCCGUCUACGGCGGUCUCCCAGAAGUGGCUUUGCAGUUCCUCAAAGAGUCAGAUUUUGCCAGUUUGCAGACUCAUCCACAACAGUGGGCGAAAUGUUUCAUACUCGUUUGUGCCAACGCCACAAAUGAUGCACAGGAAGAAGACGAGAGAGCACUUACAUCUUGGGACAGCCUGGCCUGUGAAUUGCUCGAUCACGGGAUUGAUGUGAUUUUGAACGCAAGCCACAGCAGUGCUUGCGAUGACGGAACCCUGAUCGACGACAGUGAUCACUUAGACCCCGCCUUCUACGGCUGUUCUCUUAUCGCAGCCUGUGUCUCUGGUCGACUGGCAUUGGUCAAACGGAUUCUGGACAGUGGAGCGCCACAAAGACCUGGCAGCAAAGGUCUAUUUGGCAGUUGUCUGGCAGCUGCAAGUUAUUCUGCGAAUGUCAAGAUGGUCCGCUUCUUUCUCGACCAAGGUUUUGACGUGAAUGAGCAAACACCUCAAGUUAAAUUCUGGUGUCCACUUGUUGCUGCUCUGAGGAGUGAACACUGGGAGACGUUCGAUGUGGUUAGCUUGUUAUUGGAGAAAGGGGCUGACCCGAAUGCACUGUACGCUGGACACAGCCCGUCGGUGGAGGACACACAGAUCCUGGUCAUGAUUCUGGAGCAAAUGAAGUCGUGGCAUCACGUUCUUGUUUUGCAACGUUUGUGGAAUAAGAACAAGAUCACUGGGUCUUCGAUAAUGCAGGCACGUCCCUUUUUUGGCAGUCCGAUUACGGCAGGCAUUCGACGUCAUCGAGAGAAACUAUUAAGCUGCUUGAUGGACAACGGAGGAAAUCUGGACUUGGAGAACAGUGCAGGCUUCUAUCCAACCGCGAUGCUCACAACACAGGAUAACAAACGUGGCUUUGACAUUCAGCGAGGACUUCUCGAUCAAGGAGCAUCGCCAACCAAACCUGAACAGAUGCUGGACUACAUCCGGCCUUUUCGAGAUAUCAAAUGUCCCCAUCUUGAAGCAUCAGCUUGCCUCUGCGUUCCCGGAUCCUUCUGGGGCAAUAUGCUCUCACUCUGCGUGAUGAAGGAGCUUACCAUUCCGUAUCUGCUACAGCAAGGAGCCGAUCCCGACGAGGUUGUUCCGGGAAGUUUCUAUGGCUCGGCGAUGAUUACAGCGGCGGCACCGUUGCGAGCUGAGGCCGUUGUGACCUUUCUUGACAAUGGUUCAAUCACCAAGCUAAAUGACGUCGUGUCUGACGGUGCCUUUGGCACGCCUCUUAUUGCAGCGUGUGCCGGACCACCCGAGUUCCCAUUCAAAUACGCCUUUCACAAGCAGCACGAAUUCCUAGAUCCUAAGAAUUGGGAGGUGAUCCAAUUCGACCUAAUUGAGAUUUUACUCGACGCUGGGGCGAACCCGAAUCUCACCUACAAAUGCUUCUCUCCACUGAUCAUGCUUGUUUGCUCGACUUCGAAGAAAAAGUCGAGAGCGGUGAGACUUCUUCUGGAGCGUGGCGCAGAUCCCGCGCUUGUUGUGCCGAAAUACGGUUGUGGGGAGACAACAUUCCCAGAGCUUUCCGGGAGCGACGGAGACGGCUGGACGGCAAUAAGCGUCGCCGCAGAAAGGGGCGAAAGCAAGAUCGUCGAGAUGAUGAAACAACACGUCGCAAACCUACACAGCGAGACAUAG